CAAUGUUGGUAUUUUUACGUGUUGCACAUGUUGCACUGGAUGCGAGUGAGUGCAAAAACCUGCAUAUUGAAGAUUUAAAAAUUCAUAUCAAAUAUUUUCUUUCCAAAUACACACGAAAAAGCUGUAUAAUUAUAUACCGUUAUAGAUAUAUUAAAAAUGCAGUUGUGUGUGUCAUCGUUACACGUAACGUAGAAUUUACGAUUCUAACCUAACAAAUAUCCUCAUGCGGGCAGCGUAUGGAUUCUCGUGCAUUCAUGACGCAAUUUAUUAAUUCGUGAUACACAUUAUUGAACCAAGUCGUCGUGCGCAAAUCAGCAAUUCCAUCAAAGCAAUGAAUUCGAAAGUGUGCAAGAAGGACGUUCUGCAAGCAGUCGUUCUUGCGGAUGACUUCGCAACGAGUCUGACACCCUUGCAGAAUAUACUUCCGAGCAUCCUGAUGCCAGUUAUAGACGUGCCAUUAUUAGACUACGUGAUCAAGACCUUGAUAAGGUCCAGGAUACAAGAGGUGUUCCUUUACUGUAGCAGCCAUGUGGAUUUGCUGAAGAAAUAUGUGAAGGAGAAGAAUUGCAGGGACACUACGAUCUCUCUCAUCAUUUCUGAUGGAUGUAGAUCUCUCGGGGAUGCUUUGCGUGACAUUGAUACGAAAGGCUGGAUCAGAGGGUACUUCAUACUGAUCCGUGGAAACACGUUUAUAAACACGGAUCUAAACGCCUUGCUCAAUGCGCAUUGUCUGAGAGCCAAGAAGGAUAAAGGAGCAGCCAUGACUAUGGUACUACGGAACUACGGUUCGAUGAAAAAUACCUGCCUCAACGAGGAAGCACCUCUGGUCGUAUCCGAUAAAAGUAGCAACAAAAUCUUGCAUUAUACAAGACUGAGAAACAAUGAGAAGAAAGUAAAGCUGGAUCUAAACUGGUUCCUUGAUAACGAAAUAGAAAUCAACACUUGCUACAUGGACACGCAUGUUUAUUUGUGUUCACCGUCAGUCCUGCCACUCUUUGCUGAUAAUUUUGAUUUUCAAACUAUGGACGAUUUUAUACGGGGAGUAUUGAUGAAUGAAGAGAUCUUGGACUCGAGAAUUUAUUGGCAGCAGCUAAAUGCCUUGGACUAUGCCUUGCCAGUUACAUCUUGGAAAACUUAUCACCUGCUUACUCAGGAUGUCUUACAUAGACAUAGUUUUCCUCUCACAUCGGACGCUACUCCUUCGUUGAAGAGCUUUAUAUGUAUGCCACGAAGUACGUAUAAACACAAAACCGUUGCUCUCGCUAGAGCUUGUGUGCUAGAAAAAGAUUGUAUUCUUGGACAUAAAAGUACGUUAGGAAAUAAUACUGUGGUUACGAGAUCUGUGAUUGCGGAUAAUUGCGUCAUAGGUAGUAACGUCAACAUACGUAAUUCUUAUAUCUUUUCAAGCACCAAGGUCGAGGAUAACUGUACCGUUACGAACAGUAUCUUGUUUCCAAAUUGCGUUAUCGGGUGCAAUAGCCAAAUAGACGGGUGCAUAUUGUGCUCCGGGAUUAGUGUCGCUGCUCGCGGUCAGUACACCGAUACUCUUAUCGAAUCCGCAUCCUCCGAGACGAAAAUGUCGGCUCUCGAUGUGAACGACGAAUUUUUAUACUUUAAGAACAACCAAGUAUCCGAUUGCGACAAUUACUCGACAGAGUCGUCUAGCAGCGAAGAUAACUCGGAGCGUGAUAAUUCUCCGAUUCCGGAUGACACGAAUAUGUUUCUGUCAGAAGUUAUCGACAGUCUGUUGCGCGGUUACCAGGACAAGCUCAACUGCGAAAACCUCAUUCUGGAGAUCAAUUCGUCGAGAUACGCGUACAACGUUACCAUCCGCGAGGUGACGUAUAACGUCAUCAAGGCGAUCCUCGGUCUGCCGCUGCACUAUCUUUCCGAAACGAAGACUCCGGUCAACAACCAGAACUAUCAGAAGAAUCUGAAAGUUAUGAUCACUUACUUUAACACUAUUAUUCUGAAUUACGUUAAAAACGAGGACGCGCAGGACGACUGCUUGCGCGCUUUAGAGGAUGUUGCCAGCACAACCGACGAGUUAUUGCCGUACGCGCAACACCUGUUGCAUCAAUUUUAUGAGCGCGAUGUACUCUCGGAGGAGAAAAUUUUAGAGUGGUAUGAGUUCGUUAGUGAAGAGGGGGAUGUGCUCCAUAAUAAAGUGAGAAACGCCGUUCAGCCGUUUAUUAAGUGGUUGCGGGAAGCGGAAGAAGAUUCCGAAAGCGAUUAGUAAUUAGUACAAUUGUUAAAAAUUCUUUCUAUUAUACUGUAAAACGAUAUGAGCGAAAGAAAACUAUAUAAUAAUAUAAUAUACAUAUAUAUUGUAC